UUGUUGAGAAGGUUGUCCGCAAAGAAGAGGCAGAGGUCCGACAAUAACUCACCGGAGAAGAAGUCCAAUCUGUAUAAUGACGUGUUCUCGUAUGGCAGGUCCGUCAUCAUGAGCGAUCGCCUGAGCUUCACGAGCAGUCUAGAUCUCGACUCACCGAUCCGGGAGACGGAUAUCCUCGACGCCUUCGACGAGUUUCUCAACAACAACUCCAAACUGAUGCCGACGAGCAACCGGCAGCAGCCGCGGCACCACUCCUCCUCCGCCCAGAGUCCCGUCAACAACAACCUAUCUAUGUCGAGGGAUGUCGACCAGCGCCCUCUAUACUCGCCGACUAGCUGGCGAGAUCACGCUGCACGAGAGACUGCUGCGGACGUUCGCAGUCUGGCACCUGCCCGAUGUGAAGAGGGCCGGAGCACUGCAUUUACUCAGGAAACGCGAGAUCGGCCAGACGUUCGUCGUGAGGCAGUCGAGCAAGCCGUCGACGAUGGCGCUGUCGCUCAGGGUACUCUCUGUCGUGGCGUCGACGUGGAGCACUAUCUGAUCGUGUGCACGGAGGCGAGGCCUGAAGCUGGGCGGAUCGACGCGGAUUUCCCCGCCAUGCACUCACUUGUUGCCUUCUACUGUGAAAAGAGGUGA